CCGGUAAGCGGAACGUGCCGCGAAACGGUGGAAAUUCUCUCUCCUCGAGGGAGAGAGCGACCCCCGUCGUGCGCGCGCGAGGGGCGUCACGAAUCGCUGUCGUCGUGGCGAUGACGUCGCGCCGCCGACGUCUGGUGGUCGUAGCGACGACGUCGCCAGCCGCCGCCGAGUAGUAAGGCCGCACUACAGGCGCGACGCAGCGACGACGCCAGCCGAGCAGCCUGAGACUGAAACUCGGCCUUCCGACGGCGCGUGGACUGGCGUGGACGCGGUGGCGACGGCGACGGCGGGGAAACCCCUUAUCGACCCUAUCCGCGGUGGCUGGCUUAACCUUGCGGCCCGGUCUCUAGACGGCCGACUUCUAUCUAAACAGCCAAGGGAACGGACUACGGAAGAAGAAGGCGAAAAAGUUCACGUGGCGUACAAACAUCCGGGACGUCGGGGAAGCGUGGGACGUCGGCGAUCUGCAAUUGCUAAAUUUCCGCUAGCCUCGAGGAUAUGUUAUUUCUGAAGGCACAUGUUCGAGCCGCGCGUAUCAAAUGCGCCCGCAAUGGCGGCGGAAAGUGGGCCAGGUCGGCUGUCGGAGCCGUUUGUUCGUAGAUGUAACUGGGAGUGAGUUGCGGAAGGGAUGAGACACGAGCGACGUUAAGGUGCGAUCGUCUGGAAUGAAGGAUUAAGAUAAAGACCCACGCGCGUUCCUGAUGAGCGCGCGACGUUUAUGACGAGAUCCCGUCGGUUGCAGAGAAAGAGAGAGAGAGAGAGAGAGAGAGACCGGCGAGCUCGGAAAUUCGAAACUCGGAAUUCGCGAGAUAGAGAUAAUCGGGUACGUGCCCUUCGCGAAAUAUCGGCAGCUCUCUUUGCUGUCGUUCUCAUAUCGGAUGUCGAGCGCACAAAGCCCCGCGGCUUUCCGCGACGAACCACCAUCUGUCCAUUUAACCGGACUCCGUUGAAUUUGCGGAAACGCAAGCGUCAAUCGACUCUCUCUCUCGUCGCUGUUGCUGUAACGAAAAGGCGGAGUCGCAAUAUACGACCGGACACUUGACGAUAUCUCCGAUCGAGCCGAUUCUCCGCGUGCGCAGCACGUAAUAGCGUUCAAUGCGUAAUUAUCACGGAUUACUCUCGUGAGUGGAGUCACGAUCCGGGGUCCCGGUGGUGGUUGUGCGCGACGCGGAAAUCAGGAAUUGUCAGGAAUGCGACGCGCGUUGCCUCGAGAACGGGAGCGAUCGUUGUAACAAAUCGAUCGCGGAUUCGCUCGCCCGGGUAAUUGCGUAAGGGUUAACGUCGUGCGUCGUGAGCACCCAGGUACUUUCCAGGGUCGUUCCUUCCGUCAUGCGGGCGGAAGUCGGUGGACGCGCGGCGCCGAUCGUCGCGCGGGGCAUCUCGUCGGGCUUGUACCCGGUGGUGAUCCGGACGAGCACGAGAUGAAAGCGCGAGUCACCUCCACAUCGCGGGAUGCCGUCGGGAUUGACUGGGUGAAGGGGCGAGGACGGAACGGGAUGAGGACAGCCGGGGAAAUGUCCGCCACGGUGAUCGGCGGUAGCACGAGACGCCGCUCGCUGAUGCUGCUCACUACGAUCGUGUACUGCUGCUGGCUGCUGAUGAUCGGCGAAUGCGUCGGCCAGAAGCCGAUCAAUCUCGGCGGCAGCAAGAAGCGGGACGUCUACAUCGCCGGCUUCUUCCCGUACGGCAAUCACGUGCCGGAGGGUCACAUCGGCCGCGGCGUCAUGCCCGCGGUGAAGCUCGCGGUGGAGCACAUCAACGAGCACCCGACGAUACUCAGGGACUACCGGCUGCAUAUGUGGUGGAACGACACGGAGUGCAGUGCCGCCGUCGGGAUGAAGGCGUUCUUCGACAUGAUGCACAACGGGCCGCACAAGGUGAUACUCUUCGGCGGAGCCUGCACACAAGUCACGGAUCCGAUAGCGAAAGCCUCGAAACACUGGCGCCUUACGCAGCUCAGCUACGCGGACACCCAUCCUAUGUUCACAACCAAUAGCUUCCCGAAUUUCUUUAGGGUCGUGCCGUCGGAAAACGCCCUCAACGCACCGCGAGUGGCGUUGCUUCUGCAUUUCAACUGGACCCGGGUCGGCACGAUUUAUCAGAACGAGCCCAGAUACUCGCUGGUGCACAAUCGGUUGGUGGCCGACCUGGAUGAGAGCAAAAUGGAGCUUGUGGAGACGCAGAGCUUUGCCACCGAGGUGACAACGGCGCUCGAAAAGCUUAAAGAAAGAGACGUGAGGAUCCUCCUGGGAAAUUUCAACGAGGCGUGGGCUAGACGGAUAUUCUGUGAGGCUUACAGGUUUGGCUUAUAUGGCAGAAAGUAUCAGUGGGUCAUCAUCGGGACUUACACCAGAGAGUGGUGGUUGCGCCCGGGUGGCGGAUGUGCCCCCUCCGAGCUGUCCGAGGCCCUUCACGGUGUCAUCCUGACGGAUCUGCUCCCGCUGACGACCGAGGAGCAACACACCACGUCCGGAAUCACCCCGGACCAGUAUUGGAAAGAGUACGAUUCGAGACGGGGUAACGAGUACUCCAGGUUCCACGGUUACACCUACGAUGGUAUCUGGACGGUCGCGCUGGCUGUGAAACAUGUCGCGCGCAGGAUACGACACUUCCAUCGUAACCAGACUAUAUCCGACUUUCGGUACAGGGACGUAUUGUGGGAGAAGCUCUUCCUCGAUGCCCUCAGGAAUACAAGCUUCGACGGUGUCACGGGACCGGUCCGCUUCUACGACAACGAGAGAAAAGCGUACAUUCUUCUAAAACAAUUCCUGGACGGUCGCGAGGUAAACGUAGGCGAGUACGAUAGCAUAACUGGCGUUCUGGAUCUGACGAGACAUAAGGCCUCGCUGUGGAACGGGAAGUCGCCGCCGAAAGACAGGACGGUUCACAUCAUCGAGCACUCCACCGUGGACAUCACGCUGUACGCGGUGCUAGCCUCGGCCGCUAGUGUCGGUAUCGUCUUGGCAUCCAUUUUUCUCGCCAUCAAUAUCAGAUACAGAAAUCAAAGAUACAUCAAAAUGUCAUCGCCCCACCUGAACAACCUUAUCAUCAUCGGUUGUAUGCUGACCUACAGCAGCGUUAUCUUCCUCGGACUAGACUCGCAAUUAUCGAGCGUAGCGGCUUUCCCGUAUAUCUGUACGGCUCGAGCGUGGCUGUUGAUGGCUGGUUUCUCGUUGGCCUUUGGUUCCAUGUUUUCGAAAACGUGGCGUGUACAUUCUAUAUUCACUGAUGUGAAGCUCAAUAAAAAGGUUAUAAAAGAUUACCAAUUGUUCAUGGUCGUCGGGAUAUUGUUGGCUGUCGAUCUCACGAUCAUGACAACGUGGCAAGUGGCCGAUCCGUUUUAUCGGGCGAUAAAACAAAUGGAGCCCUAUCAUCACCCUUCCAGCGAAGAUAUAAUAAUCAUCCCGGAAAAUGAAUAUUGUCAGAGCAAUCAAAUGAAUAUUUAUCUGUUUUGCAUAUAUGCAUACAAAGGCCUUUUAAUGAUAUUUGGUGCCUUUCUGGCAUGGGAAACGCGGCACGUUAGUAUACCGGCAUUAAAUGACAGUAAAUACGUCGGGAUGAGUGUGUACAACGUUGUUAUAAUGUGCGUCACCGGUGCAGCUAUAAGCUUCGUGCUGACUGACAAACAAGACGCCAUGUUUAUAAUGUUGGCGGUGUUCAUUAUAUUUUGUAGUACAGCCACUCUUUGUCUGGUUUUUAUUCCUAAGGUAAUAGAGUUACGCAGAAAUCCACAAGGGGCGAUAAAUAAGCGGACCAGGGCGACUCUGAGGCCGAUGCUGAAGAUACGGAGGGACUCGACAGUCAGCGAACUCGAUGAACGUUUGAAGGAAGCGAAACUGACGAAUAAAAAAUUCCGGAAGCAAUUGUUACAAAAGGAUUCCGAGCUUCAGGGAUUUUUAAGGAGAAUGGGCGAGGAAGUUGAGAGCGAAACGCAAGAGAUGGUCGAUACAUUGCCGGUCCCGAAGCCGGAGGAAGCUAAGAAGGAAGGUAAAGGACCGUCGAUAACCACGGAGACGACUGAUGUUUCAAUGUCAAUGUGUAGCUUGAACUCGUCAACCGUUUCGCAGCCAGAGGGUGAUUACGUCAACGUGGAUCAAGUAGCAAAGAAAAGGGCGUCCCUUUCGAAGGCCACGUCAAUCAUCAUCGACAACGAAAGAGUGGCUAUGACGAGCCAGGCGAUCGAGGAGAGCUCUUCUCCAGGCGCUGAGGCGGCGUUGGACAUGACGCCGCCGUCGCUAUCGUUAGUAACAACGACGACAACGGCGAUAACAACGACGACGAUGACGCAUAUGAGGCAUACGUGUGGCGCGGACGCGUCGCGGCGCAAGAGCAUCCCCGACGAGGUGGGCAAGGACAGCGAACCGUUAUUGAAGCGCCACAGGACCCCGGAGCCUCUGCCGGCCGACGCAGUGGCCACGCGAUACAGUUUCGUGCCACCGGUCGUCGAAGAGAGCGACUCCGUGAUCCUGGAAGAGACCGAGAUCGCGAGACACGUGUGCCGCGUGAGGAGGAGAAGCAAGGACGAGCGCAGGGCGAAGCUCUCGACGCCGCCGCCGACCAAGAACGUUUCCUUCGGCGAGCUCCACGAACAGAGCUACAUCGAGCACGUGAUGCCAUUUUCAUUGCAAUACGUGCCGAAUCAUCAGCAUGCCGGGAAGUACGACGAGCCGAUGUCGACGAUCAUCCAGCGUUCGAUGUCGGAGCGCACGCGGGAGAAGUGCCUGCGGCUGCACAUCGGCAGCGGCCACCCCAUAGUCGAGUGCUCGCACCGCGUCGCACGCCGCAUGUGCCGGCACACGGGCUCGAAGCUCCGCCAUCAAGCGCGGCUCGAGUACGUGCAGAGCACCCCGAAUGUGGCGACGAUGCACAACGGCAAGCACGUCGCGGCGAAUCCGCGCGAUGGAAGCGGCGACGUGAACGGUGGUUCCGCGGUGAACGUGUCAAAGAUGUACAGCGCCGUAUCGGACGGUGAACUGCUGGAUCUGACAAUUCUGCCGAUCUUUCAGAAGCUCCUCACCGAGCGGCACAAGAGCACUGCCAGACGGGGCUAUCGCUCGAAUAUAGCUAGUUGCCCGAAUAUAUCCAUCAAGUGCGACAUCGUCGAGUACCUCUAACGGCCAAGCCGGUGACGACCUGACGCCUCCUCGGCUCUCCUCACCGCGCCGGCACGCGCGAAAUUCACGUUUCUCCUUAAGGACAUCAUCGAUCGUGUAGAACGUGUUAGAUCGAUUAUUAUCUAAGUUAAUUAUAGAUAAUCUCGCGUUUCGCGAGAGCGUCUUUUUAGAUUGUUGCGCCCCGAGCGAGCGGUCGGCGACGUUGUUCGCGAUAAUGCAUCGUUAAAUCGAAACGUACGUAUUUCAGACGGUUUUUACCAUUUCGUUGAUUUAUUUAUAAGAAUGACGAUGGACUUGGAAUACCGUUAUACCGCGCCACCGCACAGCCGGGUUAAUUAAUUAUUCGUUCCGUCUCUCGCGUCCUCGCUCUACUGCACUCGAUAUAUCACGGUAAAGCGUGGACGAGGACAAAAAAAAAAAAAAAAGAAAAUUGGAUAACGUAACGCUCUAGUAAUAAUAAUAAUGCUCGAAUCGUGUAACUCUCUCAACGAGAUACGAGAAAGACGACGGUCGACGAAAAUAAAGGUAAGACUUUUUCUAUAAUACACACGAGAGAUAUUUUCUAAAGACGACGAUUAUUUAAGAGUAAGAAAAGGCGAAACGGAAGGAGAAAAUAUAAAAGAGAAAAUAAAAAAGAUAAAAUAAAGGAAACGAACUCGAAGUUUAACGAGGUCUAUCGCGAGCUCGAAGAGAGACUCAAAGUCACCGAAAAUCCCAUUAUCUGCUCGUCUCACUCGUCGUUGUUUGGUUCUAGACCUAAACGGAGUAAAUGUAUGGAUUUGCGCGCGAUAUUAUCGAGCACACUUAGUUACUUGAACGUCAGUCAAUAGAUCUUGUAUCUCAUUAGUGACGCAGCGUAUAACAAACAUUGCGGUGAAGCGAACGAGAGGGAAAAACUUGGUACACAUCCGUGACACGGUACACGCAGUUUCGAAAGGAACGUAGUCGAGGGAAGUGGUAGGGAGGGACGGGAGUCGUCUGUCUAUGUAAUCGAUAUAGCGUAUCGUUUUUCGGGGGAGGGGGAGGGGGGGGGAGAGGGAGCGGGAAAGAGGGUAGGUAGAACCCUAGCAGCGAACAAAUAUUGUUUAAAUAUUUCCUAGUACGACCGAAGAAUAUUUUUGUGACGCGACUUUGAAACAUUGAACUAGUUCUAGUUAAUGCGGUUAAUUAAUUAACGAA